AUGCGCCGGUCUUCGCUCGGCGGGCGUGCAAUAACGCGACACGAAACAGUUUUGAUUGCGUACAGGGCGCAGCGCGACGGCGAGCGCGUCCCGCUUUCGGCAAUGCUCGAGCAGGUCGAGGCGAAUCGAAGGCAAAUAGAGGCGCUCGAUGCGACCAGGCGGAGGGAGCAAGCGGCCGCGGCUACCCCCGGCAGUGCCGCCGCCGCCCCCUCCUGCGCCGUCUCGUCUUCUCUCGGCGCACCCGCGUACGAUCCGCAGCGCUUGAGGGAGUCACGCCUGGUCGUGUUACGUAUAUGGGCAGAGUCGCUCGCCCAAUGGAUCGACCACCGCUUCGGAUCCUCUCAGAUGGCGUGCGUGAGCGCUUACAGGUAG